AUGCACACAAACAGGGCUGCCGCCAUCAGCGUGAGCGCAGAAAGCUGCAUCCCAGCCGGGCUGCGCUUAGGUCCUGUGCCCGGCAUCUUCAAACUGGGCAAAUACUUGUCAGACCGCAGGGAGCCAGGACCCAAGAAAAAGGUGCGAAUGGUGAGAGGGGAAUUAGUGGAUGAAUCUGGAGGAUCCCCUCUGGAGUGGAUAGGGUUAAUCCGAGCGGCCAGGAAUACUCAGGAACAGACUCUGGAAGCUAUUGCGGACUUGCCAGGAGGACAGAUCUUCUAUAGGGCGCUUAGAGAUGUACAACCAGGUGAGGAGCUGACCGUGUGGUAUUCGAACUCCUUGGCUCAAUGGUUCGACAUCCCCACCACCGCUACUCCAACGCACGAUGAGAAAGGGGAGGAGCGCUACAUCUGUUGGUAUUGCUGGAGGACUUUUCGGUACCCCAACAGCCUCAAGGCGCACCUGCAUUUCCAUUGUGUGCUCAGUGGCGGCGGUGGUCGAGCCUUCCUGCACCACGAGCACGCGGCCCGUCCAACCGCUGCCCCGACCCUCGACGGUUUCCGCCUCUCCCCGAAACCCGCGGCUCCCGAGCUCGCUGUGGCCGCCCCCGCGGCCACACUGCGAAACCACUCGCAAGGGCCGCCUCCUCCCCACCAGGCCUGUGGGGCGCGCGAGGUGAUCAAGCGCGAGGUGUCCUCAUCUACCUCGCCGCCCCCCCUUGGCAAACUGGGAGCUUCGGCCAAGAAGACAGGCGCGUUCGGUCGCGAGGAGCAGGAGCGUGCACUAGACAUGAGUGUGGGACCAGGCAGGGGGCAUGGUCACUUCCUUGGUAUGGUAGGCGGUUCCCCGGCCGGUUCCGGCAGCCUGGCUUUCUAUCCCGGGGCGCGCUCCGCUUUCAAGCCCACGGGCCUUGCCAAGGCUGCGGCUGCAGCCGUGGCUGUCCAUGGAGGCGACUCCUAUCGUGAGGACAGCGGGGCAGGUGCCGGAAAGGCCGCAGGCGGUCUGGGUUUUGGCAAACUCUUGGGCGGGGUCAAGCUCGGCGGCCGUCCCGGGCACGAACCCCUGGUAGCGAGUGGCGGAGGAGGUCACCACCAUCAUCACCACCACCACAGCCACCACCACGCCAAAUGCCUGCACACUGGAGACGGUCCUCCUCCUCCGCCUCCACCGCCUCCUCCUCCGCCGCCUCCUCCCGUGUUGCCCUGCGCCGGAGCCCUUCGGGGUUUCCCGCUCUUCUCUGGUCACCUGGAGGAGGCGUCGGCAUUCAAGCACGUGGAGCGGGCCCUGCCGGCGGGCGGGCUUCCCAGCGGCCGCUACGCCCAGGUACCCUCGACUGCUGGGCUACAUCUGGAGCGCUUCUCGCUCCCUCCUUUUGAGGCCGGGGGUCUUAAGUCUUACCCCGGAGAAUGCAGCCACCUUCCGGCCGUCAUGCCGGCCUUCACCGUGUAUAAUGGGGAGCUGCUAUACGGCUCUUCUACCGCUGCAGCGGCCGCUGCCGCUUACUACCCUCUCAAGCUGCACUUCGGCAGCCUGCUCAAAUACCCCGAGUCCGUGUCUUACUUCAGCGGACCCGCGGCGGCCGCGGCUGCAGCUGCUGCUGCUGCGGCCGCCGCGGCGGCUCUGAAUCCCGGCGAGCUGGGUUCUCUGGCCAGCAUCGACCGAGAGAUCGCCAUGCACACGCAGCAGCUGUCCGAGAUUGCAGCUGAGAAAAGCCGUGGCCGCCUGGACGGGGCGCUGCAGCCCAUCGGGGUCCCGGGCGGAGGCGGGGGAGGUGGAGGAGGUAGUGGCGGGGGUGGGGGCUCUGGGGUGGGCGGGAAGCCAAAGACAGGCCACCUGUGCCUGUACUGCGGCAAGUUAUAUUCCCGCAAAUACGGGCUCAAGAUCCACAUGCGGACUCACACGGGCUACAAGCCCCUCAAGUGUAAAGUGUGCCUACGUCCCUUCGGCGAUCCUAGCAACCUCAACAAGCACAUCAGGUUGCACGCCGAAGGUAACACUCCGUAUCGCUGUGAAUUCUGCGGAAAGGUGCUGGUCAGGCGCCGAGACUUGGAGAGACACGUUAAAUCCCGCCACCCAGGCCAGAGCGUGCACGCCAAGGCGAGUGAAGAGCAGGACUGCGCUCAGGGUUACCCACCAGAGCCAGGGGACCCUAAGAGCGACAACGAAAGCGACGUGGAUGUCUGUUUCACAGACGAUCAGAGCGACCAGGAAACCGGGGGGCAGUAG